GGUCACUCUAUUUCUUUCCCCAACAGAAAAACGAACGACUGAUUUUCCACUUUUCUACUCUCCUUUUCCAUUUCCAAUUACUCGUAUUCCACAAAAAAACUUCAUUUUUGUUGCGAAAAAAUAAUUAAACUCUCAUCAAAUUCCCAAAAAAAAUGCAGCAAAAUCAGAGAAGUUCAUCAUCAGGUUCAUCGCAAAGCCCUAGAUCUCCUCAAUCUCAGCCAUUUCUAUCAGUUUCAGUCUCUGAUCCUGUCAAAUUAGGCAAUGGCGUCCAAGCUUACAUCUCUUACAGAGUCUUUACUAAGACAAACUUACCAGAUUAUCAAGGGCCUGAAAAAAUUGUCAUUCGACGAUACAAUGACUUUGUUUGGUUACGUGAUCGCCUUUUUGAGAGAUACAAAGGCAUCUUUAUACCCCCUCUUCCAGAGAAAAGUGCUGUUGAGAAAUUUCGCUUCAGUGCUGAAUUCAUUGAAAUGAGGCGUCAAGGUUUGGAUUUAUUUGUUAACCGGAUAGCUUCACAUCCUGAACUUCGCCUAAGUGAUGAUCUGAGGUUAUUUUUGCAGGCAGAUGAAGAGACAAUGGAGAGAGUGAGGGCUCAAGAUCUUGGUAUUUUCAAGAAGCCUUCUGAUCUAAUGCAAAUCUUCAAGGACAUGCAAUCCAAAGUAAGUGAUGUUGUUUUAGGGAAGGAGAAGCCUGUUGAAGAAUCAACUCCUGAGUAUGAGAAGAUGAAACGUUAUAUCUUUGAGCUUGAAGAGCACUUGGGGGAAGCACAGAAGCAUGCUUUUCGCCUUGUUAAGAGGCAAAGAGAGCUGGGACAAUCACUGUCAGAUUUUGGAAAGGCAGUCAAGCUCUUAGGUGCCUGUGAGGGAGAUUCUCUUGGAAAGGCAUUUGCUGAGCUUGGCACAAAGUCAGAAGAGUUGUCAAUCAAGCUACAAGCAGAGGCCCACCAUCUACUAAUGAGUUUUGAAGAACCUCUGAAAGAUUAUGUUCGUGCUGUGCAGUCUAUCAAGGCCACUAUAGCAGAGAGAGCUACCGCCUUUAAGCAACAUUGUGAGCUGUCUGAAACAGUGAAGCUGAAGGAAAUAAAUCUAGAUAAGCUCAUGCUCACAAGGUCAGACAAGUAUGGAGAUGCUGAGGCUGAAUAUCGGGAGCUAAAAGCAGAAAGUGAGGAAGCAACUAGAAGGUUUGAGACUAUUGUUCGAUUAAUGAAUGAAGAGAUGGUACGUUUUCAAGAACAGAAAACAGCAGAUAUGGGGGUAGCAUUUCAUGAAUUUGCCAAAGGACAAGCACACUUGGCCAACAGCUUUGCUGGAGCCUGGAGAGGCUUGCUUCCAAAGCUUGAAGCCUGCUCCUCUUGAUUAUCGAGGAAAAAGGUAAUAAAAGAGCCCAAAAGGAAUGGGGUGGGUGGUCCGCAGGAAUGCCAAGAGCAUCUGUUUCUCUUGUAAAGGAUUUUCGAUAUUUUUUUUAGGGGUGAACAUUAUUCCUCUGUUGUAGCAACAUCACAGAAUCUAUAAAACCUUAAGUCUAAUUUGUAAAACACCCAGAUGAGUUGCGAAAGUUGGGAUUCGUGGAUUAUGUGUAAUGUUGUACACAUAAAGAAUAUAAUUCACUUGUAUUUGUAUCUUUAAGAACAUUUGUGAAAACUGUGUAGUGGUUGAAUUGAUGCAUCAUAAAUUUAGGAUUGGACAUUGAUCUUAUGCUUCAGUGAUAAGCUGAAGCUUUGUUUUUAAGUUAA